AUGACAGCCGAAAAGACUAUUCCUAUUAUAAAUGGAAAACCAGACGAUACCAUGGACGCCGAAGCAUCAAACACCAAUCUAGUGCGCAACAAUGACAAGAAAGUGGUGAACGAAAGAGGACAGUGGAACAAUAAGAUUGAGUUUGUCCUGUCAGUAGCUGGAGAGAUUAUUGGACUUGGCAACGUGUGGAGGUUCCCAUACCUCUGUUACAAGAAUGGAGGAGGUGCUUUCCUGGUGCCUUAUGUCAUCUUCUUUGUCUGCUGUGGAAUCCCUGUGUUCUUCCUUGAGACAGCACUCGGGCAGUUCACCAGUGAGGGCGGUAUCACAUGUUGGCGAAAAGUAUGCCCUCUGUUUGAAGGAAUUGGAUACGCAACUCAAGUCAUUGAGGCCCAUUUGAAUGUUUACUACGUGGUCAUCUUGGCCUGGGCCAUCUUUUAUCUGUUCAACUGCUUCACAACUAAACUCCCCUGGGCUUCCUGUGGCCAUGAGUGGAAUACAGAAAACUGCGUGGAUUUUAACAGCGCAAACAGCUCCAACAUCUCCAACCCUUAUGCCACCACUCCAGUUAUGGAGUUUUGGGAACGGCGUGUCCUCAGCAUAUCCAGUGGUAUUGAGCACAUUGGGAAACUGCGAUGGGAGCUCGCACUGUGCCUGCUUGUGGCCUGGAUCAUCUGUUACUUCUGCAUAUGGAAGGGACCCAAAUCCACUGGCAAGGUGGUGUAUGUGACUGCAACCUUUCCUUAUUUCAUGCUGUUGAUCCUGUUGAUUCGAGGGGUGACCCUGCCCGGAGCGGCUGAUGGGAUUAAGUUCUACCUGUACCCAAACAUGUCGCGCCUCUCUGACCCCCAGGUUUGGGUGGAUGCAGGGACUCAGAUCUUCUUCUCUUAUGCCAUAUGUCUGGGUUGUCUCACUGCGUUGGGCAGCUACAACAGCUACAACAACAACUGCUACAGGGACUGUAUCAUGCUGUGUUGUUUGAACAGUGGGACGAGCUUUGUGGCAGGCUUUGCCAUCUUCUCCGUUCUGGGCUUCAUGGCCUUUGAGCAAAACGUGCCAAUUGAAGACGUGGCAGAGUCGGGCCCGGGUCUGGCCUUCAUUGCUUACCCUAAAGCAGUGACCAUGAUGCCUCUGUCUCCUCUGUGGGCUUGUCUCUUUUUCAUGAUGCUCAUCUUCCUGGGCCUGGACAGUCAGUUUGUCUGUGUGGAGAGUCUUGUGACAGCUGUGGUGGACAUGUACCCUAAAACCUUCAGAGUGGGUUAUCGCAGAGAGCUUCUCAUCCUGGGCAUGUCAGUGGCCUCGUUCCUUUUGGGUCUGAUCAUGUUGACAGAGGGUGGCAUGUAUGUGUUCCAGCUGUUUGACUCAUACGCCGCUAGUGGGAUGUGCCUACUGUUCGUCGCCAUCUUUGAGUCCAUCUGCAUCGGCUGGAUCUACGGUAGUGACAAGUUCUACCUGAAUAUUGAGGACAUGAUUGGAUAUAAGCCUGUGUUUUUCAUCAAGUGGUGCUGGAAAAUCCUUACUCCAGGCAUCUGCUCUGGAAUAUUCCUCUUCUUCUUGAUCAAGUACAAGCCCUUGAAAUAUAACAACGUGUACACGUAUCCAGACUGGGGCUAUGGUAUCGGCUGGAUGAUGGCUCUCUCCUCUAUGAUCUGUAUCCCUGUGGGCAUCAUUUUUCAGAUCUGGAAAACAGAAGGAACUUUUUCAGAGAGAAUCAAGAAGCUCACCACCCCAAGUCCUGACCUGAAGAUGAGGGGUCGACUGGGAGCCAAGAGCCCUUAUGCCAUCAAUGACGCUGAUGCCAAACUGAGGGCAGAUGGGAAGAUUUCCACCAUCACAGAAAAGGAGACGCACUUCUGA